AUUAUGAAGCUGCAGGCCCAAUUAUUGGAACAACACAAAAUAUUAGAUAACAGCAAAGCUAAGGAUGCUCAAAUUUUGAGUCUACAAGCUCAGCUAGGGGAAAAGAACAAAUUGGAACAGAACAGUUUCCAAACAGUGAAGGAGGUUUUUCCAAACUCAUCCCUAACUGAACAUGAGGAUGAAUUGGCAUUAGGCGAACACAGUCAGUUAUUCAGUCUACCACCUGACAGUGUGUUAAAGUUAAAUUCUGUUAGUGCUGCACUAAAAGAAUUGUUAGUAAUAAGUCCAUGCAGCGAAGGAAGUGAACAAUUGUGGGACCGUAUUUGGGCUGAAAAUGGGUGUGGUACGGAAACCCAGAAAUAGCACGAGU